AUGAUUCGUGUUUUAAUUCUGACGAUUCUAAUCAAUGAAAUCUUAGGUAAUGCUGUUUCAUUUAAUCAACCAAAAUUUUGUCCAACAGUAAAAUGGAAUUCGAAAGGAGAACUGUUCACUGCUACAGAAACGUCUAGAAGUCUACCGCUUAUUCUGUUUAUUGAUACAAACAAUACAAUAUACGUUAAUUCUGGAAAAGAAGAUGUCAUAUCAGUUUGGUAUAAGGAUCAUUCCCAUCCGAAAUCGAUUAGCUACUUAUCUAAGGUAGAAAUAUCAUCUAUAUUCGUAAUCGAUAAUGGUGAUAUUUAUAUUGCCUAUCUUAAUAAUACAAUUUCUAAAUGGAUAGCAAGUACAGAUAGUUUUGUUCAUGUUAUGAAUGGUGAGUCCAUAUGUGCUGAUCUUUUUAUCGAUGUCAAUAAUAAUUUAUAUUGUUCAAUGGCUUGGGAGGAUGUUGUUAUAAAAAGGUCCUUGUACAAGGAUAAGGAAACGGAUAUAGUGAUUGUAGCUGGCACAGGCUCUGGAGGCUCUGCUGCAUAUCAAUUAAGCAGUCCCAUAGGGAUUUUUGUUGAUACAAAUUUGGAUUUAUAUGUCGCAGAUCGGCACAAUGAUCGAAUUCAAUUGUUUCAUUCGGGUGAAAGAAAUGCGACGACAGUAGCAGGACAAGGUUCAUUGGAUUUUACAAUUUCACUGUUGAAGCCUUGGUCAAUUGUAUUAGAUCAUGAAAAAUAUCUUUUUAUCCUGGACUAUGGAAAUGGCCGUAUAGUUCGAUCAGGACCACAUGGAUUUCAAUGUUUACUUGGAUGUAUUGCGAAAGAAAUAAAAGAAUAUCGACUUUAUGACCCAUCUAGAUUAAGUUUCGAUGUGAAUGGAAAUUUAUUUGUUUGUGAUGCAAACGGUAGACGAAUUCAAAGAUUUACUCUACAAAAAGAUUCUUGUGAGAAGUCUGAGUAUCGUAUAUCAGCACGAAAACGUUGUAUUGUGAGUGAUUUUUGUGGUGAUAUGCUAAUCCCAUAG